GGCUUGUUGUUCAAUACACAAACGACAACGGGAUUACUUGGCAUUUGCUGCGAGAGCUGGACUUCAUGUCGUACCUGGAACCCCAGGUUGUUUCGAUAGACUUACCUCGAGACGCCAAAACCCCUGCCACCGCUUUCCGAUGGUGGCAGCCACAACAUGGGAAGCAUUCAGCUCAGUGGGCUUUGGACGAUGUCCUUAUAGGGAUGAAUGACAGCUCUCAGACUGGCUUCCAGGAUAAAUUUGAUGGAACUGUGGAUUUACAAGCAAGCUGGUACAGAAUACAAGGAGGUCAAGUAGACAUUGACUGCCUGUCUAUGGAUACAGCUCUGACAUUCAGUGAAAACAUUGGCAAACCUCGUUAUGCUGAGACUUGGGACUUCCAUGUAUCAGCCUCCACUUUCUUGCAGUUUGAGCUGAGCAUGGGUUGCAGCAAGCCAUACAGCAAUUCCCACAGCAUUCACCUGCAGUAUUCCUUAAACAACGGGAGAGACUGGCACCUGGUGACAGAGGAGUGUGUCCCUCCAACCAUCGGCUGUCAGCACUACACCGAGAGCUCCAUCUACACUUCAGAAAGAUUCCAAAACUGGAAAAGAAUUACAGUCUACCUCCCACCUUCAACCAACUCUCCCAGAACACGGUUCAGAUGGAUUCAGUACAACUAUGCUUCUGGCGUUGAUUCCUGGGCUAUUGAUAAUGUCGUCCUGGCUACAGGGUGCCCCUGGAUGUGCUCAGGCCACGGCAUCUGUGAUGCAGGUCGUUGUGUGUGUGACAGAGGCUUUGGUGGUCCAUACUGUGUCCCUGUCAUUCCUCUGCCGUCUGUCCUGAAGGAUGAUUUCAACGGUAACUUGCAUCCAGACCUUUGGCCUGAGGUCUAUGGUGCUGAGAGAGGAAACCUGAAUGGUGACACCAUCAAGUCUGGAACAGCUCUCAUUUUUAAAGGGGAAGGACUGAGAAUGCUUGUUUCAAGAGAUCUAGAUUGCACCAAUACCGUGUACAUCCAGUUUUCAUUUAAAUUUAUUGCCAAAGGCACCCCCGAGCGGUCUCAUUCCAUCCUGCUGCAAUAUUCUGUCAACGGUGGCAUCACUUGGCACCUGAUAGAUGAGUUUUACUUCACGCAGACUACAGAUGUCCUCUUUAUUAACGUUCCUCUGCCCUAUGCAGCCCAAAGCAACGCGACACGGUUCAGGCUCUGGCAACCUUACAACAAUGGCAAAAAAGAAGAAAUCUGGAUUAUUGAUGACUUCAUCAUUGAUGGAAAUAACCUGAAGAACCCUGUGAUCCUUUUGGAUACAUUUGAUUUCGGUCCCAAAGAGGACAACUGGUUUUUCUAUCCUGGUGGGAACAUUGGGCUUUAUUGCCCAUAUUCUUCUAAAGGAGCUCCGGAAGAAGAUUCGGCUAUGGUAUUUGUUUCAAAUGAAGUUGGAGAACACUCCAUUACAACAAGGGACCUGAAUGUAAAUGAAAACACUAUAAUCCAGUUUGAGAUCAAUAUUGGCUGCACCACUGACAGUUCCUCUGCCGACCCAGUAAAGCUGGAGUUCUCACGAGAUCUGGGGGCGACCUGGCACCUGCUGCUCCCCUUGUGCUACAGCAGCAGCAGCCACCUCAGCUCCCUGUGCUCCACCGAGCAUCACCCAAGUAGCACCUACUACGCAGGCACCACCCAGGGCUGGAGAAGGGAGGUCAUUCACUUCGGAAAACUCCACCUCUGUGGGUUGGCAAGGUUCAGAUGGUACCAAGGUUUUUACCCUGCUGGAUCCCAGCCACAGACUUGGGCCAUUGACAACGUGUACAUCGGUCCGCAGUGCGAGGAGAUGUGCAAUGGCCACGGCAGCUGUAUCAACGGCACAAAGUGCAUCUGUGACCCUGGAUACUCCGGGCCAACCUGUAAAAUAAGUACCAAGAACUCUGACUUCCUUAAGGAUGAUUUUGAAGGUCAGCUGGAGUCUGACAGAUUCCUGCUUGUGAGUGGUGGAAAGCCAUCAAGGAAAUGCGGUAUCAUGUCUGGAGGAAACAACCUUUUCUUUAAUGAAGAAGGCUUACGUAUGCUGAUGACUCGAGACCUAGACUUGUCACAAGCCAGGUUUGUACAGUUUUUCAUGAGACUGGGAUGUGGCAAGGGGGUGCCAGACCCCAGGAGCCAGCCUGUGCUUCUGCAGUAUUCGCUCAACGGGGGCCUCACGUGGAGCCUUCUCCAGGAGUUCCUCUUCAGUAACUCCAGCAACGUGGGACGAUACAUUGCCCUGGAAAUUCCCUUGAAGGCCCGUUCCAGCUCCACUCGGCUUCGCUGGUGGCAACCAUCCGAGAACGGGCAUUUCUACAGUCCAUGGGUAAUCGACCAGAUUCUUAUUGGAGGAAACAUCUCUGGCAAUACAGUGUUAGAAGAUGAUUUUACCACACUGGAUAGUAGAAAGUGGCUGCUCCAUCCUGGAGGAACAAAGAUGCCAGUCUGUGGCUCUACUGGGGAUGCUCUAGUGUUCAUUGAGAAAGCUAGCACCCGCUAUGUUGUCACCACUGACAUCGUUGUCAACGAAGACUCUUUCUUGCAAAUAGAUUUUGCAGCGUCCUGCUCUGUCACAGACUCCUGUUAUGCUAUUGAACUGGAAUAUUCCAUUGACCUUGGACUGACCUGGCACCCGAUUUUGAGAGACUGUCUUCCCACUAACGUGGAAUGCAACAAGUACCAUCUCCAGAGGAUUCUCAUUUCAGAUACUUUCAACAAGUGGACCCGGAUUACUUUGCCUCUGCCUCCCUAUACUAGGUCCCAAGCAACUCGUUUCCGUUGGCACCAGCCUGCUCCUUUUGAUAAGCAGCAAACGUGGGCAAUCGAUAACGUCUACAUUGGGGACGGCUGCAUAGACAUGUGCAGCGGCCAUGGGAAGUGCACACAAGACAACUGUGUCUGCGAUGAGCACUGGGGUGGGCUGUACUGUGACGAGCCAGAGACCCCGCUGCCAACACAACUGAAAGAUAACUUCAAUCGCUCGCCAUCAAACCAGAACUGGCUGACGGUGAACGGGGGCAAACUGAGCACCGUCUGCGGGGCGGUGGCCUCUGGCAUGGCCCUUCACUUCAGCGGGAGCUGCAGCCGUAUGUUAGUUACAGUGGACUUGAACCUCACCAGUGCAGAAUUCAUCCAGUUUUAUUUCAUGUAUGGGUGCCUGAUAACUCCUAAUAACCGCAACCAAGGAGUGCUGCUGGAGUAUUCUGUGAAUGGUGGAAUCAGCUGGAGCCUCUUAAUGGAAAUAUUCUAUGAUCAAUUCAGCAAGCCCGGCUUUGUGAACAUCCUCCUUCCCUACGAUGCCAAAAGCAUUGGGACACGUUUCCGCUGGUGGCAGCCUAAACACGAUGGCCUGGACCAGAACGACUGGGCUAUCGACAACGUGUUGAUCUCCGGCUCAGCUGACCAGAGGACGGUGAUGCUUGACACCUUCAGCAGCGCUCCCCUGCCGCAGCACGAGCGCUCCCCUGCCGACGCAGGGCCCACCGGGAGGAUCGCCUUCGACAUGGUCAUGGAAGACAAAACUACGGUGAACGAACACUGGUUAUUCCAUGACGAUUGCUCGAUUGAGAGGUUUUGUGAUUCUCCUGAUGGUGUCAUGAUCUGCGGGAGCCAUGACGGCAGAGAGGUCUACGCAGUCACCCACGACCUGACUCCUACAGAAGGCUGGAUUAUGCAGUUCAAGGUUUCUGUUGGAUGUAAAACCUCAGAAAAACUUGCACAAAAUCAGGUCCAUGUGCAGUAUUCCACUGACUUUGGUGUUAGCUGGAGUUACUUAGUACCUCAGUGCUUACCAGCUGAUCCAAAAUGUUCUGGGAGUGUUUCACAGCCCUCUGUCUUCUUUCCCACAAAAGGAUGGAAAAGAGUAACUUACGCACUGCCUGAAAACCUUGUGGGCAAUCCUGUCAGGUUCCGGUUCUACCAGAAGUACUCAGAUAUGCAGUGGGCCAUCGAUAAUUUCUAUCUGGGGCCUGGUUGUCUGGAAAACUGUAGAGGUCAUGGAGACUGCCUGAAUGAACAAUGCAUCUGUGAUCCUGGGUAUUCGGGUCCAAACUGCUAUCUCACCCAAACACUGAAGACUUACCUGAAAGAGCGCUUUGACAACGAAGAAGUCAAACCAGAUUUAUGGAUGUCGUUAGAAGGUGGAAAUACCUGCACCGAGUGUGGGAUUCUCGCAGAAGACACAACUCUCUAUUUUGGAGGUCCGACUGUGAGGCAGGCUGUCACUCAAGACCUGGACCUGCGGGGGGCAAAGUUUCUACAGUACUGGGGGAGAAUUGGAAGUGAAAACAACAUGACAACAUGCCACAGACCAACUUGCAGAAAGGAGGGAGUGCUGCUAGACUAUUCCAUUGAUGGAGGCAUAUCCUGGACUUUGCUUCACGAGAUGGAUUACCAAAAAUACAUCUCAGUCAGGCAUGACUACAUCCUCCUCCCCGAACACGCUCUGACCAACACAACCCGCUUGCGCUGGUGGCAGCCUUUUACCAUCAGCAACGGGAUCGUGGUUUCAGGCCCCGACCGGGCACAGUGGGCGCUGGAUAACAUCCUCAUCGGAGGAGCCGAGAUCAACCCCAGCCAGCUGGUAGAUACGUUUGAUGAUGAAGGCACCUCUCAUGAAGAAAAUUGGAGUUUUUACCCUAAUGCAGUCAGGACUGCAGGGUUUUGUGGAAAUCCAUCAUUCCAUCUCUACUGGCCAAAUAAGAAAAAGGACAAAACACACAACAUCCUGUCCUCCAGGGAGCUCAUUAUACAGCCAGGAUACAUGAUGCAGUUUAAAAUUGUGGUUGGCUGUGAAGCAACUUCUUGUGGUGAUCUCCACUCUGUGAUGCUGGAGUAUACGAAGGAUGCCAGGACAGACUCAUGGCAGCUGGUCCAGACACACUGUCUUCCUUCCUCAUCUAAUAGCAUUGGCUGCUCCCCAUUUCAAUUCCACGAAGCUACCAUCUAUAACUCUGUCAACAGCUCCAUGUGGAGAAGAGUAACUAUCCAGCUGCCUGAUCAUGUCUCAUCCAGUGCAACGCAGUUCAGGUGGAUUCAGAAAGGAGAAGAACUAGAGAAACAAAGCUGGGCAAUUGACCACGUGUACAUUGGGGAAGCGUGCCCUAAGCUCUGCAGUGGCCACGGAUAUUGCACCACUGGAGCCAUUUGCAUUUGUGACGAAGGAUAUCAAGGUGAUGACUGCUCUGGUUUUAGCCAUGACCUCCCCAGUUAUAUUAAAGAUAAUUUUGAAUCUGAAAGAGUCACUGAAAUAAACUGGGAAACCAUUCAGGGGGGAGUGAUAGGGAAUGGAUGCGGACAGCUGGCACCCUACGCCCAUGGAGAUUCGCUCUAUUUUAAUGGAUGUCAAAUACGACAAGCUGUGACAAAGCCUCUGGAUCUCACCCGGGCAAGCAAAAUCAUGUUUGUUUUGCAAAUUGGAAGUAUUUCACAAACGGACAGUUGCAAUACCAAUCUGAGUGAUCCUAACACUGUAGACAAGGCAGUGCUCCUCCAAUACAGUGUAAAUAAUGGAAUUACAUGGCAAGUAAUUGCACAGCAUCAGCCAAAGGACUUUAUACAAGCCCAAAGAGUGUCUUAUAACGUUCCCCUGGAGGCACGAAUGAAAGGAGUCUUACUGCGCUGGUGGCAGCCCCGUCACAAUGGAACAGGUCAUGAUCAGUGGGCUUUGGACCACGUAGAAGUCGUCCUCACUCGCAAACAAAAUUACAUGAUGAAUUUUUCACGGCAACAUGGGCUCAGGCAUUUCUACAACAGAAGACGAAGGUCACUUAGACGAUAUCCAUGAAGAAACGAGACAUUUAUUUUUUUUCCUCCCAACAUGUGAUGUGUUGCUUUCCAUUCUUUAAAUCUAGCACUGCGUCUGGUAUCAGGACUUUUCUGCAACCGGCUUGACGAAUAACUGAAAGCCUUUCUCAAGACAGAGUGUACACCACUUUUUCGCACUGUGAACUAAUGAGAAGUGACUUAUUUUCUCAUAGGUAAAUGUUUUAAUGUUGAUGUGUCUGUGAAAAUUGUGAUCUGUUGUAAUAUAAGUUACAGUGGCAGUAUUGGAAGUAAGCAACUAAUUCUGUUUAACAGGAAACAAGGUUUAAGCACAAAGACUUUUCAGAUUUUAUGUUUAAAAAAACCUACAUACUAAAUACAGAAUUUAACAUUCUUUGUCACAUAGGUAUUUAAGUGCACUGUAUUUCAGCUCUGUGUCAUUUUAUAUGAUUAAGUUAUCAUUGUUUGUCCUCUUUGUAUUCCCUUCUACAACAUGACACAUUGGCACUGUAUUUACUUGUUAUGUUGUUGUAAUAUUUUUGCUGCUGAUUUUUGGGCUAUUUACCUUCUGACAAAAUGUAUUAAAAAAAAAAUCAAAGUACCUAAUCAAGAAGAUAAUUGCAAAAGUAGUUGUAAAGGCAUUGAUAUCCUUCAGUCUUAUUCUUUGAUAUGUCUGUUGGUUAGCACUGUUUUGUGGAUAAAAAAGAAUGCUUGACAUUAAACUUUUUUCUACUACGGAGUUGUGGAUGAAGCCCCAAACAGAAGUUUCCAAUUCCCUGUCUAAAUGUAGUCAGUUCUCUGCAACUGAUUUACUUACAGUAACUGCCAUUUGGUGUCUGUAGUAAUGAAGUGAUUUGUAAACAGUGAACGUUUCAUCGUGUUCUCUUUGGUGUUUGUUUCUAUUGCGGGUCAUGUUUGUAUCUUCUGAUAAAGUUGUAUCUACACCAGCAACGUUAUAAUGCCCCUAUAGCCCUAAACUGUCUAUUAUCAUAAAUAAAAUGCUUCACUUUAUGGUGAACCAAGCUAAAGAUCCAUGCUUCAAUAAAAAUAAUGUCAACAAA